AUGGUACCCAAAGCAUUUCAAGCAGGUUACGCGAACACUACGGGCUUCAGAAAGGUUGUAAAGGCAACUAUAUACAUCAAGAAGAAGGAUGGCAUGUCAGAUGAUGACUUCAUCGAGUAUUACAACAACAACCAUGCUCAGCGAGCAGUUCCCAUUCUUCAGCGCCAUGGCAUACUCAGCUACAGCCUUACAUAUCAUCUAGAGCGAGAUCGCAAAGCUAUACAAGACAUCAUGCACGGCAAAGCCAGACUUAUGGAUUAUGACGCCAUCUGCACCUUUGUCUUUCCCGACUAUCUGGCCCUGGCCAAGUUCAUGUACGAUAAAGAUGGAGCCGCGCUCAACAGCGACCAUGAAAACUUCAUGGACGACAGUCAAAUGAAGAUGAUGGUCGGAGACGAGUACAUGCUGAUCGAAAACGGGGAUAAAGUCGGAUGA